UCAAGCACACGCAUGCUAGCGCACUACGCGAGAUUUGUUUGUCAACGAAUGAAUCGGAAAUUCCACAGUGACCCGGAACACUCAAAGUAUAGUGACGGUAAUAUUUACUCUUGUCAAGCAGCGUCACAGCAAGUCGAUAACAGGAAAGUGGUUUGACAUGUUUUUAUUUCACUUAAAGGGCAAGAAAACUCGUUUCUCGUUUUAUCGCUGCAGAUUCGCUAAUACGCAAUUCUCCGAGUUCUCCAGCCGGUAUUAGCUUAGCCAGCUAGCAAGCUGGGCUAACAAGGUGAUGUAGCGACCGCUGUGGUGCGCUCAGGAAAUGUGAUGGAAGUUGGUCUAGGCGUGUUUCUUUAUGAAAGUUUCAUUUUUGGACUAAUAUGAAGCCUGACGAUAGCUGCCGCGGAGCAGUAACCGCUUUCUGAAGGUGCAGUGAGCACAGCGCUGAGGUCGGGUUUCUUGGAUAGUUAUGAGCAGCAUCAACAUUACAACCAAAAUCCCUCAAUUAAGCUCUUUUUAUACUAAAAGGUCAGCGCUGACACUACCGGCAACAAAGAGUGAGUUUUGAGAAGCGAUGUGUUUUCGUGCUGUCACGAGAUGAGUCUCGACGAUGAAACACUGCAGGCUGGGAUGUCCUCAGUCCAGUCGGGACUGGAAGGGCAGCUGCCGCUUUUACACGCCAGACAUCACAGCGCUCAAGGCGGUCUGGUGUUGGAUCUGAACUCCCAGGAAGACUACCUCAGCAGUAGCUCUCCUGAGUAUGACAACUAUGGGAAUAACACCGGUCCUCUGUUCGAGAGAAGAAAGAGAUCUAGAUCCAACAGCUCCAGACAUAGAUUCAACGAGGUGGUCACGGAGCUCGGUCCGGAGGAAGUGCGGUGGUUUUACAAAGAGGACAAAAAAACUUGGAAGCCCUUUUUGGGCCACGAUUCACUUAAUAUUGAGCUAAUGUUUCGGAAACACUGCGAGCUGAACCCCGGUGCAGCAUGCCCCCAGGCCAGUGGAAGAGAGGAGGAGAGCGGGACUAGAGAGCUGGAGAGCACAGGGAUGAACGGUGCAGUGCCAGCAGAAACGAGGACCAGCAGUGUGCACGGAGGCCGCGGGUCCUUGGACACAUCCACCGUGUCCUCUGAUGAGAGGGACGCUGAAAGCAUUGAACUCAAUGUAGAGUCAGUGUGUGUGCGAGGAGGACUCUAUCAGGUUGAUAUAAUACAGAGACAAUGCUAUCCUGUCUACUGGAAACAACAAGACCAUAUCCCAGUGAUGAGAGGCCAGUGGUUUAUCGAUGGUACUUGGUUGCCAUUAGAUGAAGACGAAAGCGACCUCAUCGAACGGGAGCACCUUAACCAUUUCCGUGGGCAACACGUGCAGGAUACCUUUGAGAUGGAUUUGGUUCCCAGGACCAUUGAUAGUAAAGAUGUUCUUUCCCACCUGCCCCCUUUCUACCUCCCUUUUCUGUUCAAAUGGAGUGGAUAUCAGACGAGUACUAAACCUACAUGUCACAAGCGCAAACGCUGCCAAGCCAUCCAUAGUCUAAAGCUGAGUCGAUCACAUGUGGAUUGGCACAGCGUGGACGAGAUCUACCUCUACAGCGAUGCCACAACUUCCAAAAUUGCAAGAACAGUCACCCAGAAACUGGGCUUCUCCAAAGCCUCAAGCAGCGGUACGCGGCUCCAUCGGGGUUAUGUUGAGGAGGCCUCACCCGAGGACAGACCGCCUCAGACUACGCACAUUGUCUUUGUGGUUCAUGGCAUUGGACAGAAGAUGGACCAGGGGCGCAUUAUUAAAAACACUGGAAUGCUGCGGGAAGGUGUGAGGAAGAUGGAGGAGAAACACUUCUCAGAGCACAAUGAGGAACAUGUGGAGUUCCUGCCUGUCGAGUGGCGCUCCAAACUCACACUGGACGGAGAUACGGUAGACUCGAUCACACCAGACAAAGUGAGAGGACUGAGAGACCUUCUCAACAGCAGUGCCAUGGAUAUCAUGUAUUACAACAGCCCUCUUUACCGGGAUGAAAUUACCAAGGGUCUAACAGAGGAGCUGAACAAGCUCUACUCACUUUUCUGUUCACGGAACCCUGAUUUCGAGAAAAAGGGUGGCAAAGUGUCUAUCGUGUCUCACUCUCUUGGCUGUGUCAUCGCGUAUGACAUCAUUACUGGCUGGGAUCCCGUGCGGUUUUGUUUGCAGGAGCAUCGCGUUGUGGAGGAGGACCUAGACCUUCGCUGGAUGUCCUAUGAAGAGAGGCACCUUUUAGAGCAGCAGAGGCAAACAAGGAACAGGUUACAAGAGCUGGAAAAUCAACUCGCCACACUUGAGGCCUCUAAACCCUCAGCCCCCCCAGCCCUGAAAUUUAAGGUAGAGAAUUUCUUCUGCAUGGGUUCUCCUCUGGCAGUAUUUUUGGCACUAAGAGGAAUCCGCCCUGGUACCAGUGUUCACCAAGACCACAUCUUGCCCACUUCAAUCUGUAGCAGGCUCUUCAAUGUCUUCCAUCCCACAGACCCUGUGGCCUACAGAUUGGAGCCACUCAUCUUGAAACAUUAUAGCAACAUUGCACCUGUUCAGAUACACUGGUGUAGCGCCACUAACCCCACAACUUAUGAUGAGAUCAGGCCUACUUUUCUCAACCCUGUUAAAGAUCCCACGUCGGAUACAGAAAGCAUCCCCAGCCCCAGUACAUCACCUGUCCUACCCCGGAGGCACUAUGGGGAGUCAAUCACUAAUUUGGGCAAGGCCAGCAUAUUGGGAGCAGCAAGCAUAGGAAAGGGCAUUGGAGGAAUCCUCUUCUCACGUUUUUCCCGCUCCAACAGCCAGCCUUCAGUGUCUCUGGGACUUGAGGGUGGAGCAAGUGUUGAAGAAGAGGAGCAAAAGCGCACAGAAAGUCAGUCAGCAUACGGCCUCUCUAUGUUGACUCGACCCACCUCACCCACUGCUGACACAUCCUUGGAGCUUGAGCGUCGCAUUGACUUUGAGCUCAGAGAGGGUCUGGUUGAGAGCCGCUACUGGUCAGCAGUGACCUCACACACAAGCUACUGGUGCUCACAUGACAUAGCUCUCUUCUUGUUGACCUUCAUAUAUAAACAGAAGGCGACACCCUCUAACCCAGCAGAUACCCCGGAUCCAGAGUGAGGCAGCAUGCUUUUUAAAACGGAACACAACACUGAAAGAGUGAAAGCAUCUCUUGUGACACAUAAAGUGACUUUGUUCAUUACUUUUUCUUGCUUACAAACUUAAAUACGCUAAGAAAAUCCUGUCUUUGUUUGGCUCCCGAUCAAGCACUUUUAAUACUUGGGAAUCAUUACUUACAGACUCAGAACUUUCUUCCAAACUUUUCAUCUUUUUUGUUUGUUUUUUACGUUCUGCACAAUUGCUUACCCUGAUGGUGGAUCCGGUGGACCAGGAACUCUUAUUUAGGAACAAAAGCACUGAUGCAUAGGUGAUUGUUGCACCCAGAGGAAGAGACUUCUAACUUCAUUCCCAGUGUGAAUUUCGACAGCUGAACUGUGUCUAUCAUGUCCAUCGAUUUCAUGUAAAACAAUACCUAAGUCAAUUUGCUCAGCUACAGACUCUGUCUGAAACUUUGGGGCACAUUUGACUAAGCCUCAGUCACUAAGGUGUCAAGUUAUGUCUGAUAUUUUUGUUUGUUUGUUUUUCUCUGUUACACAAAUGCGCGCACACACACAAACAUAAAGAAAAGAACAUUUUUGGCAAAGUUCUCUUCUUCAAGUUGAAUAUUUAGCUACUGCAUGCUAAGAAACCCAUGGGAGCAAACAAAGGCAAUGUGUAAUAUAUAAUAUUUCUUUACUUUCCCACAUAAAAGACACAUAAUGCAUUAUAAUUAAAUCAUAUUAUUUUGGCAAAUUAUUAUAAUAAUUAUUAUUUUGGUACUUUUUUCCCCUCUAUUUUUUUAAAUUUUCAAUUAUUUGAGUCUUGAAAUAGAGUGCACCAAAUAAAGCCCAAGUAAAACACUAGUUUUAUACUGCACAAAUAGAGUAUAACAUUUUCCUUUGUGUUUAAUCGUCACUGAUAAAUAGUGCAGUACCAAGGGGGCAGAUGUGUCUUACAAACACAGUGACUAAAUUGUAUUUACUUAUUUUCUUACAGUGUAGAGAUCUAAACCAUAGUCUAAAAUCUAAAUCUUACAUACUCACUCGAAACAAUAUCACUAUUUCCUCCUAAAUACAAGCUUCUAUUUUAGGGAUAACUUAUGGAGAUGAUUUUUGCCCGCGUGGCUUUGUAUUGAUGAAUCAUUGGUACUAGAUGUAUUUUUUCUUAAAACAAAUACAGAAAUAUUUUUUCCUAGUAACUUUCGGACACUUUGGGGAUCUUAAACUGGAUGUUACCUCAGAAAAAAAAAAAGGGAUUUGAGCUUGUGGCCAAAUAACUUGUAUGUGUCACCUUUUAUUAGAUGCCCUGCUCAAUUAAUGCUAAGGCAAAAUUGUGGUUGGCCUGGAGUUAAAAAAGUAGAGUAGAUUAUUUAAUUUUUAAACGUUACCUUCAUUAUAAAAACAAAUGUCUUGUUUGCCUUUUUUUGUCCACAGUUCACACUUUGCUAGCUUGAUCGUUUACUUACAAAUUCAGUUGAAAUAGAAAAGAAAGAUGACAAAUGAUGGAAAAUCAUAAAAUUUUAUAUAUAAAAAUAUAAUAGUAGUACUGAUGGGGGUUAUUGUAGCUAUAAUUCCAAGUACUGAUUCAGCACAAGUUAGUGCUUACUCACUUUGCAUGGUGUCAAAUUAAUAGUAAAUGGAUUGUUGGGACAAGAAUAAUGCUGCGUGCCAACACACAUCCAAGAAACUUUAUUCUGACUAAAAACGUGUGAUUGCUUUUGGCUUUUCUAAUGAAUAGAUUUUAUUUGCUGUAGAUUAUGAAAUGAAACUGUCCUCGUAAAUAUUUAUGUGACAGACGAGCCUUUCUGUCAUUGUCAACUUUAACUUGUGUUCUGCUUAUUGUAAUGUAGUAAUCAGCUGUUUUUGAAUUUGUUAUGGUGCAAGCUGCAGCUUUACUGUGCCACACAAGGGCUGUCGCUGACUGUCGUUUCUUUAACUUCUGUGUUAUGUGUACAAAGGCCUACUGACUUAAACCAGGCUGCCUUGUGGAGAUCACCUGAUAGGUAACCAGGAAGUAGUUCAGAAGCUGGGUCUAAUAAGGGAGGGGGGUAGUUAAGUGUUACUGUAUUUGAUCUGGUGGCUCUUGAACAUUCAUGGGCUAUAAAUUGCACAGAAACUAUUUUAACACAGCCCGUUUUUGACUUUUUAUUUAUUCUUUACUUCCCGUCUGUUACGGUGCAUAAAACAAUCUGGAUAUGUAUUUCAAAUACACAGUGCUGUUCUUACUUUGCAUUCAUUGAGUCAAACAUUGUGAGUUUCAACACAGCAAAUACGUAGUUGUAACAAUAACAUUGUUUCUAAAACUUGUGUGAAAAUUUGCACAUUUUCAUAUUUAGGCUUAUUUUCAAAUGUGUCACAGGCAAGAAACUGGAGCGCAUUAAAGAUAAUUUUGGUAAAAUA